AUUGACUGCUUGACCAGAAAUGUGUAGACCACGCGCGACCAGAAUUCGUGAUGGAAUCUUAUUGUCGAUGAACUUUGCCCUAUAAAUGGCGGGAGCCUUGCCUGGGUCGAAACUUCACGCUCCCACUCAUCUCUCCCGCUCUCAAUGGCGUUAAAAUCUCACUGUUUAUCAAACUGAAAUUAAUUAUUCUCCAAAACCCCUCCAAAUCCCUAUCUUUAAAACCCAAUUUCCCCCAUUGUUCUCCACCUCUACUCUUUUAGCAUUUGCAUACUUUCUUCUAAAUUUAUUCGAUUCUAGGGUUUGGUUUGUAUCUUCAAUUGAAAUUUAAAAGAAACCCUAUUUUUCUUUCCUUUUCCUUUUUGGGUCUGCUAUUUUGUAGAUAAAGAAAGUGUGAGAGUUGGUGUGUCGUGGAACAUUCUGAUUCAAUGGAGGUAGCGGCCAGUGUUGCCGCCGCACGGAGCGGAUCGCUCCCAAUGUCAUCAUCGUCGCGUAAGGAGUGGCGUGUCAUUUCCGACCAUCAUCCGGAAAUGGACAGAUCAAAGUUGGGACAAUCAGAUGAGAGAACCAUUUAUGAGCAUGGGAGAGAGCCUUCUGAUGUUAACUUCUCAAUCAAGGUUGAUGGAAGUUCAAAUGACAUUUUACAGCAGCAAAUCGACAAUAUUACUAGACAAAGAGAAGAGCUGCUGCAAAUGGAGGUUAAACUCCGAGCACAGGCAAUUGCAAGGUCAAGGGUCCUAGAAAUGCAGAGCAGUUGUGAUGCUAAAGUAGCUUCCCAUGCCAAUGGUGUUGCUAAGCUUGAGGAGCAACUCCAUGAAAGAGAGCAGACCAUACAUGAAUUGGAAAGGGAAAUGGAAGAGAGAGACAGAGAAUUGCAUGCCAUCAAAGUGGAUAAAGAAGAGGCCUGGGCAAAGGAUGACCUUCUCAGAGAACAAAACAAGGAACUUGAUACUUUCAGAAGAGAACACAAUCAUUCAGAAGCUGAGAGAACCCAGCAUAUAAAUCAGAUACAAGAUCUUCAAGAGCAUGUUCAAGAGAAAGAGAGGCAGUUUAUUGAGUUGCAGGAACAGUAUAGUGCUGCUCAAGAAGCCAUCCUUUAUAGGGAUGAACAGUUGAGAGAAGCCCAAACAUGGAUUUCACGUGUCCAGGAGAUGGAUGCUUUGCAGUCAAGUACAAACCAUUCCUUACAGGCUGAGUUGCGAGAACGUACGGAGCAAUAUAACCAGCUUUGGCAUGGCUGUCAGAGACAGUUUGCAGAGAUGGAGAGACUUCAUUUACAUACAAUACAUCAGCUUCAACUGGAGUUGGCUGAUGUUAGAGAGAGGAAUGGUUCCUAUACUGUUGAAUCACAUAUUUCCCAAAGAAAAUCAAAAGAUUUAUCUCAGUUUGGUCAAAAUAAUGGACAACAAUUGGAUUCUAAUGGAAGUGGUACAGCAAAUGCUAAUACUGUGGUCAUUUCAACUGGAGCUUCUGACAAUGUGCAAUUUGUUCCAGCUAGCAAUGCACCAAAUCCUAAUCAGAAUGACCAUGUUCCAAGUGUUCCUGUUGCUCCAGUUGGGAUGCCUACAUAUUUCCCACCUGGGCAGGUAUCUGCUCUGCAUUCGUUUAUCUUGCAACAACAGGGGGCUUCCCAUUCUGUGACACCGCAUGUUAGAGGACACUACACAAUGCUAGAUACACCGUCCAUCCAACAGUGGCAGAGGAAACUGACUUCUUCGGAGGGUUUACAGCUGUCUGCACAGGAUCGUAUGCCACUAUCCCAAACUGAUCAAAACCUUGGGAGCUCAGAUGUAAAGUAUGAAUAUGACGUGGCUCUAAAGGAGCAAACCAUUCGUCCAGAGUAUCUAGAGCAUGUAAGCAAAGUGCCAGAGCCGAAUUCUGUGAUACCAUCAUCUUCUGGGAAAGCACAGGUUGUUGAGUCAAUUAAUGCAAGUUACCUUGUGGGCUCUCAACUUGAGCCAACCUUGCCGCAGGUUUCUUCACAAUUUCACGAGGCAUUAAGAUUGAGCUGUGAACCUGAGGAACAGAAUAUUUUAAACAUAAAUAAUCAAGUGGAGGAUCAAAUUCGAACGGCAGAGGAAACAAGUACUGCUGCUGCUAGCAGCCCAUCUCAUGAUACUUCAGUGCAUUCUGUUGAAUUAUGUGAAACAAUUGUAAAAAAUGGAACUGAUGCCAUUCUGCCCGAAAAGGUCUCAACUGAGCAGACUAAUAACUUGAUAUCAGCUAAGACUUCGGAGACCGCUCUGCUUGAUGAAAGGUCAUUGUUGGCAUGCAUUGUUCGCACAAUACCAACUGGUGGCAGAAUUCGGAUCAGUUCCACGCUACCAAAUAGGCUUGAGAAAAUGCUCGCUCCUUUACACUGGCAUGAUUACAAGAAGUAUGGAAAGCUGGAUGACUUUGUUGCCACUCACCUUGAGCUGUUUCUGAUUGAGGGGGAUUAUAUUCAGCUUCGAGAGGGAGCACAAGAGAUGAUAGCAGCCACUGCUGCUGUUGCUAAAGUUGCUGCAGCAGCCGCAGCCUCAUCUCCUUACUCACCCGUUUUGCCUUCUGUUGCUGUUACUCCAAUGGCACAGCCUAAUCGACCAAAGAGUGGUCUCCCAUCAGCUGAUUCCAAUCAUGUGAAGAAUGGGAAUGCUGCUUUCAAGGGGUAUGUGGUCAUCUCCAGAAAUGCAGCUGAUGAUCAUUCACAGCUGUUAGGGAUGCAGAAUCCACAUCCAAAUGGCAUUUCUUUUGGUGUGGCUGGAAAUCUCUCAAAUGUAAAAAUACUGAGCAAAUCUAAUGGAACAAAUUCUGAGAGAUCAAGUGUGACUAAUGUUGAAAGCAAAGCCUCUGGUCUUGGAAGGUCUAAUUCUAAUUUUGUUGGAAAGCAGCAUGGCAGGGCAACCGGGCAGCAUUAUCUUCUAGAAGAUAGAUUACGGAUUUGCAAUGCUAAAGUUGUGGGAUACUGCAAGCAUCUUGGGAUAUGAUUUGCAUCUUUGAGUUAUUGGUCUUUUGCAUGCGAGAGAAUUAUGUGAUUGGAUAAUGAGCCGACUAUUUAAAUUGUUUUGCACCAUAUCUAUUACAAAAACACUGCAUUUUGUUGUCAUACUUAUUUCCCAUUGCACCCAGUUGGAAUUA